AUGCCUUUCUUGGAAAAUCGGUACUUCACCGGCCGUGAAUCCAUGUUAGAGGAGCUCAAACAGAAGCUUUUUAUCCAAGCCAAUACCGAAAAAUUAGCCUUGUUCGGACUAGGUGGCAUCGGCAAAACCCAAGUUGCGCUUCAGCUUGCCCUGUGGGUGAAGGAGUAUAUAUCAGACUGCUCGAUCUUUUGGGCUCCUGCUCUUAGCCUCGAAAGUUUCAAACAAGUUUAUUGGCAAAUUGCGAACGAGCUCCAGAUCCAUCAAAACGCAAGCGAUGAAAAUGUUAUGGAAUUAGUACAGGGACAUCUCAACUCUGAUAAAGCCGGAAAGUGGCUUUUGGUUAUCGAUAACGCCGAUGAAAUAGGCUUAGUUUGCGAUGAGCUUGAUCAAUAUUUCCCUUCGAGCAAUAAAGGUGUAACUUUGCUCACUACUCGUUCUCGCGAGGUGGCGGUGUCUUUCGCAAGAAAUGAUAUCAUUGAGCUCCAAAAGAUGACCACAGAGGAAGGGAUUGCUUUUCUCACGAAGAUUAUCGGAGAAGAUUCAUUAUGUGGCCAAGAAUCCGCCAUGCGAUUACUGGAGGAGCUGAACUUACUACCUCUAGCUAUCGCACAGGCCGCUUACUAUAUUUCCCGGAAUGAUGGAACAACCACACGUUAUCUCGAGCUUAUGCAUAAAACCGAAGAAGACCGGAUGCGUCUAGCGAGUAGGGACUUUCGUGAUAAAACUCGCUACCGAAAAAUGCCAAACGCGGUGACUGCCACGUGGUUUAUCUCUUUUAAUCAGGUGAAGAGCUCUGAUCCCUCUGCUGCUGAGUUGUUGGAAUUUAUGUCUUUCCUUGAGCCAAAGGCAAUCCCACGGUCUAUUCUUCCUACGCUCACUUCAGAAGAGGAGAUGGACUUUUCAAUUGGCACACUAUGUGGCUAUGGAUUUCUGAGCAGGAGAGACAAAGGGGAUAUCUUUGAUAUGCAUAGCCUCGUACAGCUAUCAACACGAGUGUGGAUUGAAGGGGCACAGAAGACACAACAGGUUAUCGCGACUGCGACGCAACAUAUUGAGGAGUGUUUUCCAUCAGAUGAAUACACGAAUCGUGGGACAUGGAGAGAAUACUUACCACAUGCCCUUGAAAUUCUUAAGAGAGAGGAAAGUAAAGAUUUGAGUGAGAGAUACAGCCUACUUUCUAAGGUUGGAGAUUGUGUUCUAGCUGAUGGACGAGCGAAAGAAUCCGUCACCUUUUUCCAAGAUGUGUGUGUAUGGAAUGAAAGCAAUUGUGAUGAAGAGCAUCCCUCUCGACUGGCGUCUCAACACGAACUCGCAAGGGCAUAUCAAUUCAACGGGCAAAUCAAACAGGCUGUGGAGCUUCUUGAGCAUGUCGUCGCGGUAGAAGAGAGAACGCUUGAUGAAGAGCAUCCCUCUCGACUGGCGUCUCAACACGAACUCGCAGGGGCAUAUCAAUCCAACGGGCAAACCAAACAGGCUGUGGAGCUUCUUGAGCAUGUCGUCGCGGUGCGAGAGAGAACGCUUGAUGAAGAGCAUCCAGAUCGACUGGCGUCUCAACACGAACUCGCAAGGGUGUAUCAAUCCAACAGGCAAAUCAAACAGGCUGUGGAGCUUCUUGAGCAUAUCGUCGCGGUAAAAGAGAGAACGCUUGAUGAAGAGCAUCCAGAUCGACUGGCGUCUCAACACGUACUCGCAAGGGCAUAUCAAUUCAACGGGCAAAUCAAACAGGCUGUGGAGCUUCUUGAGCAUGUCGUCGCGGUAAAAGAGAGAACGCUUGAUGAAGAGCAUCCAGAUCGACUGGCGUCUCAACACGUACUCGCAAGGGCAUAUCAAUUCAACGGGCAAAUCAAACAGGCUGUGGAGCUUCUUGAGCAUGUCGUCGCGGUAGAAGAGAAAACGCUUGAUGAAGAGCAUCCCUCUCGACUGGCGUCUCAACACGAACUCGCAAGGGUGUAUCAAUCCAACGGGCAAAUCAAACAGGCUGUGGAGCUUCUUGAGCAUGUCGUCGCGGUAAAAGAGAGAACGCUUGAUGAAGAGCAUCCCUCUCGACUGGCGUCUCAACACGAACUCGCAAGGGCAUAUCAAUUCAACGGGCAAAUCAAACAGGCUGUGGAGCUUCUUGAGCAUGUCGUCGCGGUAGAAGAGAGAACGCUUGAUGAAGAGCAUCCAGAUCGACUGGCGUCUCAGCGCACUCUCCAAGACAUGAAGCAGUCGAUCGAAGGAGGAUCACCGUGA